UUAAGAAGGUUAUAACGAGAUUUGGGUUCUACUUUUUUCUUUUGAAAUGUCCUGCAUGAUGUUCCAUUUUCUGUAGAUCCUAACAUUAAUAUCUUGGUUCACAUCGCCUCAGGAUCGUCUCACCUUCGUCUAAGUCUUGUUCGGCCUCUACUCUGGCGGGUUUGUCAUCCAAGACAGAGAAUCUGGUUAAGAACUCCUUUACGUCUGCACAUACCCGUCUUCGUCUCAUGUCCCUGCGGUCUCCUCUUAUUACGCGUAGCUCAUCGGCAGAGGGAGUCAGAAAACUCCACCAGCUCUACAAGACUACUUUCCAGCAGGAUGUUCCAAUAGCCGACAAGAGCAAUCAUCUUCGGGUGUUCCUUGCUAUCUGCAACACCAUCGGUUUCGAACAAGACCAGUUGGACCAUCUGAGGGAGACUUUCCCAUCCCUAUCCCAAGUAAUAUGGGAAGACGUCGCUUCUAUUGCUAAUCUAGACCCAGCCAAAGGUCGGGAACAGGUUAAACACGCUCCAGUUCGUUUUGACGUUCGCUUAUCGAUGGACCUUAUUCUGCGUAUGAAAGAGGACCACUGUGUGGCCCUUGAAAUAUAUAAGCUGCCUGAAUGGCAUACUGAAACGGCGGAACAUUUACAUCUCACUUCUUAUAUGAUAAGAGGAAUCCUGGCUCUAUUUGGGUCCCUUAUAUUAAGCUCUGCGGAAAGAAUUGUUCCUCCUAGAGAUACAUCGUCCGGAGGGACCAUUGAAGUGCCACUGCGUCUCUACAAUGGCUUGACACUUCUAGUUGUUGAGUAUGAAUUCAGAGUGCUCCCGCAGAAUCGGAAACAGAUACUGGCCCACCUCCUCGCGAAGCUGGUUGCUGCCGCGGCCUUGAAUAGACAGCAAGGAUACACUUUCAAUGUGCACGGCAUGGUUACUGACCUUAAAGAAACAAUUUGGUAUACCUAUAACCCCCGAAGCGGAAAAUUUCACGUGAGGGGACACGUUGAAAUUGGUGGAUGUAACAAAACUCCAGAAGGUCUGCCGGUACGUGAAAGUGUUGCCUUUAUGCAGAAGAUGGCGCUCGUGACGCGUUUCACGCUGGCUCUACUAUUGGAAGGGUAUCACGAUUAUUUGGAAGAGACUUUGGCAAAGUAUCAGCUCCCUCCGAGUGUUAUCUCGUUGUACCUUGAAACUCUACACCUAGCAGAAUGGGAUGCCCAUGCAUACGAAACAUAUAUGAGGACUAAGGUUUCAUUGCCCAGUGACAACACUAUCGUGGCGUUGACGCCUCGGCAACGGCUGAUCGCUGUCAUGCACACCUAUCUCUCCCACCUCAAUUUUGACUUGACGUCCGACUCGAAGCCCACCAGGCUCGUGCUACAGGAUGGCGAUGGAGAGAAUGUUGUGGGGGGGACCUUAUGGUAUACUAUACCAGGCCUCAAUACACUGCGAUGUGCCUUGGAGGCAUCGCCCUACGUAGUCUCCGAUCAACCACUGAAUGCGCUCAAUUGUUAUAUCCGGAUGGAUUAUGUACCGAGUGGUGAAACUCCAUUCUCCAACCCUGUGCGCAUUGUCAGUUCACUCCACACUUGUGCUUCAUGAGAACUGAUUUUGAUCUUAGAGCUUUUGGAGGUUCUCAUUUUCUCGAUACUUUGAUCGUUUCCCGCAUUUCGAAAAUGAUGUUGGUUCCAUUGGAUUUGCAGCUAGUAUUCAGGGUGGAGCAGAGGGAAUGUACAGGGAAUUUACGAAUGAUUUGGUUCGAUAUUUGUUCUGUCCUUUUUGGGGUUCUGUCAAGGC